CUGGAUUCCGGGAUGAGUUCACCCGCAAUUAUCAUCACUGCAAUAUUCAAGUGUUGUUAAGCUGGAGUGUUUAUUGUUCCUUCUCCUCAUUUGAAUCGGCAAGAAAGGUGUCUUAUCGAGAAGAUCAAUAAUUCCCAUCUGUAAAAACCUACGCUGACACGUGGACCGCCAAUCAUCAAACAUCAUCACCAUCGCCAUCACAAUCACUACCACCACCUCCACAAACCAGUCCACAAUGUCCGCUCGUCGCGCAGUCGAUAAAUCCUCUGCUAAGGAUGUUGUCACUCCGUCGAAAUCCGAGAAGUCCUCUGACUCGGAUGUAACCCCUGCAGUUCCCACAAAUGUGAUCAUGAAAUUGCUGGGCUUCUCCGCCGCCAUGGUGAUUGCACCUAUUGGCAUCUACUUUGUCACGGUUGAUUUCAUCGGUGGAAGUGCCACUGUCGGCGGCAUCGUUGCAGCCAUCAUGGCCAACAUCGUCCUCUUCUCCUACGUCUACGUCGCGUGGAAAGACGACCAGGCGGAGAGAGAGGCCGACGCCAAGCAGAAGGAGAAGAAGGCGCAGUAGUUGCAGGUUCCGAGUAUGAUUUGGUCUUUGUUUUUAAAUAUCAUUCAAUACCAGGUGUUUGAUCUAUGGGCGUUCAAGGGCAGUUGCGUGUAUGCUAUGUAUCUAUCAUGUGUCUAUGGGUGAUUGCUCCAGAAUAUCAAUUUGCAAGUCCUAUUAUGAC